AUGGAGGACCGACCGACCCGGGUUUCACGAGCGUUGGCGGGUUCUGGAGUGCCUGUCAAGGGCGCUAGCGCAUACCCCGGGGUGAUCAUCACCACCUGCACCUUACAUCUCGGCACAGUGGAACGUGUAACCCGCCUGCUGUUCCAUUCAACUACAUUUGUUCCUGUAAUCCAUAGCCUAACAGAACGCAGCAGCGAGGGACAACCCGCCCAUACAGCCAGCGGGGAGGAUGGCACUACUGGCAAAGACCGUCUGGCGAAAACGCCGCAGGCGCGAAGCGUGGUAGGCCUGCGCCGGGGGAGCAUAGCAUAG